ACAUCCGUACAUCGGCAUCGACGUCAACAUUCAAUAAAGUAACUGGCGGUAGCGGUUGGAUUGUUUUUGCAAAAGUAUACGUUAAACAUGGAGGCAUUAUACGCUAUUCCAUUUUCAGUGUUGGAAAUUCCCAAUAUCAAAAUAAAAAAGCCAUCAUGGCUUCAGGCCCCUUCUGCAAUGACGACAUUUUCAUUGGUUUUAGUUUCAUACUUUUUGGUAACUGGAGGUAUCAUAUACGACGUCAUCGUGGAACCGCCCAGCGUGGGUUCUACAACUGACGAACACGGCCACAGCAGGCCGGUAGCGUUUAUGCCGAACAGAGUUAACGGGCAGUACAUAAUGGAGGGCUUGGCAUCAAGCUUUCUUUUCUCCCUCGGAGGACUGGGUUUCAUUAUAUUGGACCGCACCCACAACCCUUCAACACCAAAAUUGAACAGAAUCUUGCUGAUAUCAGUGGCAUUUCUGUGUAUCCUUGUAUCCUUCUUCACAACCUGGAUCUUUAUGAGGAUGAAGUUGCCCGGUUAUUUACAGAACUAAUUUUAGUCUUAUAUAUAUUAAUAGAAUCAAAAUUUUCUAUUAUAUUAAGUUGAAAUAUAUUUUUAUGAAUAAGUGA